AUGAACAAUCUUAGGAAAAUUCUCUCCGUCAAUUAUGCGAACACAUAUCAACUUACACAAUGGUGGCAUCGUCUGAAUCACUACAAUCGCCUGAUCAAAGCCAUGGACGAGCUUCUUCCAUAUUGCAUUAAGCAAGAACAUCAUACAACUUCAACUGGCGUGGCAAUGAUUGGAGAGAAAGUUAAAGAGACGAUCGCUAUUUUCGAAGACUACAUGAAGACUGGUCGCAAAGUUCCAAAGGUCUGGCUAUUUUUCAAAGCGUCGUCGUGA